AGGAGCCUCGCGGAGGAAAUUGCUGCCGUUUUAAAUCGCUAAAGGAAUUAUAUCUCCGGCUGGGAGUUUUGUGACGAGAUCAUCAAACGUGGCUGAGUGUAGUAUGAAGGGGCUGGUCACCAAGAACAAGGUCUUCCCCUAUGAGGAGGUGGAUAAGGGCCAGCCAUGCCUGAGCUGCGGCGAUCGGUGCCUAGGCUUCACGCCACACAAGUGGAGGAGUACAUGUACGACGUGCGGAUGUCAGCGGGAUGACCAUGACAUCAUCCAUGACAACCUAGUGACAGUCCACGAGCGCCUGGGCAUCGAUACCAAAGACCACAAUGAGCUGGUCCGCAGCAAAGAGCGGGCGCUGAGUCUCGGCUACUCGUGGGUACCCCAAGGGCUUUCUCCAGCAAAGGUAGAAGACUUCAUGAAUUCCCUGCCCAACAACCAGAUCCCGCGGCUUCACACGGCAGGCCAGAAGUACCGGGACCGGCAGCUGAUCCUGCAGAUGCCUCGCCAGGACCUUGCCGAGGAGUUCUGCAAGCACAUCCUGGACGCUGCGUCAACUGAGUGCUUCUACCAGUUUAUGGAGCUAAGGGACGAGGUGGCCUUUGCAACGGGACGGGUUAAGGAUUACCUCAAACAAGAUCAGGAGUGCUUUAAAUGCGGAGGGGAGAUUGAGUCCGGGGACAUGGGCAUCUAUGCAGACCUACUAGAGGACGAGUCGUUAUGCUGGCACCCGUUCUGUUUCACCUGUUUCACCUGUGAUGAGCUACUAGUCGACUUAGCCUACUUCAAUAAAGACGGCCACAUCUUCUGCGAACGGCACUAUGCGGAACUCGUGUUGCCUCGGUGCAUUGCCUGUGAUGAGUUGAUCUUCUCCCAAGAGUACGUGCGCGCCAUGGACGGUUCCUUCCACCCCGGCCAUUUCUGCUGCAACCACUGCGACAAGUCGCUGAGUGGGAUGAGCUACAUCCUGCGGGAGAACAACCCCCACUGCAUCCCCUGCUACAACGACCUGUUUGCCAACACCUGCGCCGAGUGCCAGCAGAAGAUUGGACACGAUGCUAAGGACCUGUCGUUCAAGAAUCAGCACUACCACGAGACCUGCUUUGAGGCCCGCUACACCUGCCACUUCUGCAAGGAGUCCCUGGCUGACAAGGCCUUCGGCAACUGGGACAGCAAGAUGUGCUGCUCCACCUGCUACGAGAAACACCUGGCCAACAAGUGCCAGGCUUGCGGCGAGAUCCUGAAACCUGGCGUAACAAGACUUGGCUUCCAAGGCAAAGAAUGGCAUGACAAGUGCUUCCGCUGUAAAGUCUGCGACAAGCAGAUUGGCACCGGCAGCUUCGUACCCAAGGAGUCCUCCGUCUACUGCACUAAAUGCUACGAAGACACCUUCGGUAUCAAGUGCACCGGCUGCGGAGAGAUCAUCUCCAGCGGCGGUCUGUCCUACCAGAAGAAGCCCUGGCACAGAGACUGCUUCUGCUGCUCAGGCUGCUCCAAGUCUCUCUGGAACCAGCGCUUUACGUUGCGGGACGAGAAGCGCUACUGCGCCGACUGCUACGGGGAGAAGUUUGCCCGCCGGUGCUCUGCGUGCCAGAAACCGAUUGUCGUUGGCGGGCCGGCACCAGGCGAUGCCUCUUCUGGCCAGGGAAGCACGACGUACGUCUGCUUCGAGGAUCGCAACUGGCACAACAGUUGCUUCCAAUGCCAGAAGUGCCAGGUGUCGCUGGUCAAUGAGUGUUUCGUCAUGGACGGCCAGGACAUCGUAUGCCCCAACUGUGCCCAGGGCUGAUGGGAAACGACCGAUAACAGAACAAAACAAAAACCUGAGGUUUUACGUUUUUUGGCUGCAAUUUCUGUUUUUCCUUCAAGUAUGGGAUUUUCAAACCCUUCCCUGAAUUAAAAAAAAAUUUGUCUCACCGGCUUUAAAAUCGUAAAAUCAGUGUGGUUUUUUGAGAUGGAGAAUAAUAGUUUGAAAAAGAUUGACCGACUAAACUUAUAAAUAAUAAGAAAAAAAUAACAGUAAUUGUAAUUGAACAGCUGUGAAAGUUGGCAAAUUUUACUGGCACGUUCCCCAGAGUUUGCUAAAAGAUAAGUUAAUUUAUACCUCUUGUCAUAAUUUUAAUGGUUGUCUGAUGUAGCUUUCACAAGCUAGUGUAUUUUUUUCCUACAAUACGUUCAUUAGAUUUGCUGAGUUUAAGAAAUUAGCCCAAGAAUUUGUUACGUGGUGUGGUUUUCUUUCCCAAAUGAAAAGAAUAUGCAAGGGAAUGAGAAUGCUGCUACAGCAAAAUAAU